GUCAAGUGCUGUAAAUACUGGCCAGAUGACACUGAGAUAUAUAAAGACAUUAAAGUUACUCUAAUAGAGACAGAGCUUCUCGCAGAAUAUGUGAUUCGAACAUUUGCAGUAGAAAAGAGAGGCGCCCAUGAGAUCAGAGAAAUCAGGCAGUUCCACUUCACUGGCUGGCCAGAUCAUGGUGUACCGUACCAUGCCACAGGUCUUCUCGGAUUCGUCCGGCAGGUCAAAUCGAAAAGCCCACCUAAUGCCGGCCCACUAGUUGUACAUUGCAGUGCAGGUGCUGGAAGAACUGGAUGUUUCAUUGUCAUUGACAUUAUGCUAGACAUGGCAGAAAGAGAAGGAGUUGUAGAUAUAUUCAACUGUGUCAGAGAACUUCGAUCUCGAAGAGUUAACAUGGUGCAAACAGAGGAACAGUAUGUAUUCAUACAUGAUGCAAUACUGGAAGCCUGUCUGUGUGGAGAUACUUCUGUUCUAGCUUCACAAGUUAGGUCAGUCUAUUAUGAAAUGAAUAAACUGGAUCCUCAAACCAAUUCAAGUCAGAUCAAAGAAGAAUUUAGAACUCUAAACAUGGUGACCCCAACCCUACGUGUAGAAGAUUGCAGCAUAGCACUUUUGCCCCGAAAUCAUGAGAAGAAUCGGUGUAUGGACGUACUUCCUCCAGACAGAUGUUUGCCUUUCCUUAUCACAAUAGAUGGAGAAAGCAGUAAUUACAUUAAUGCUGCACUGAUGGAUAGUUAUAAGCAGCCCUCAGCUUUUAUAGUCACUCAACAUCCUUUACCAAAUACUGUCAAAGAUUUCUGGAGACUGGUUCUAGAUUACCAUUGCACAUCCAUAGUGAUGCUGAAUGAUGUGGAUCCAGCACAAUUAUGUCCACAAUAUUGGCCUGAAAAUGGUGUUCAUCGACAUGGUCCUAUUCAAGUAGAGUUUGUUUCUGCUGAUUUAGAAGAAGAUAUUAUCAGUCGGAUAUUCCGAAUUUAUAAUGCAUCAAGACCCCAGGAUGGCUAUCGAAUGGUGCAGCAGUUUCAGUUCCUGGGAUGGCCUAUGUACAGAGACACACCUGUAUCAAAACGGUCUUUUUUGAAACUCAUACGUCAAGUGGACAAGUGGCAGGAAGAAUACAAUGGAGGAGAAGGCCGUACAGUUGUCCAUUGCUUAAAUGGUGGUGGCCGCAGUGGGACAUUUUGUGCAAUCAGUAUUGUUUGUGAAAUGCUACAACACCAGAGGGCCGUUGAUGUAUUCCAUGCUGUGAAAACUCUGAGGAAUAAUAAGCCGAAUAUGGUGGACCUUCUGGAUCAGUAUAAAUUCUGCUAUGAAGUGGCUUUGGAGUACUUGAAUUCUGGCUGAUACUGCGAAUAACGUUGGGGGAGGCAAAAUGUUUCACUGCUGCAGUCAGAGCGCGUUGCUUCAUGAUAUCUGUGUGUAUGAGACGAGGACUUCUCAGUGUUACACUUUAAUUGCUUUGUAUUGGCUCUUUUCCAGAGCCCAAGAGAGUCUUUCCAAAAACGCUUGCACUGCCCAUUUUCCACAGUAUGGCUGUUGCUUGAGCCACCCACGGUCCCACACCAACACGCUCCGGGGCUGGACGCCACUGUCAUGCAAACCCAUCAAAGAGCCUACUCUACCUGCCUAGUCAUCUGGUCAAUUAAAGAGCACAAUUCUAUUCUAAUGACAAUGUUUGUACUUUUCUGUUGUACUAUUUUUUGUUGCCAGUGAUCCUUGUUAUUGUUAAAGCCUAGUGUACAUUUUUGUUCUGUGGAGAAUGCCGUCUAGCAUUUUGAUACUGUAUUUUAGUUAUAUUUGUAUUGUAUUUGCUCCUAAUAAACAAAGCACCUGUAGCUUGAACUGAACUAAUAGCUACGCCCACAGACCACAUUAACCUUGCUGACUUCUAUUUUCUGUCCAACUUGUAUUGUUUCAGAAGGAGAGAUUUGAUAAACAUCCAUUAAGAAAAUGGAAAAAAUACAGGAGGAUCAGAUUACUAUAUCCAAAGCUUUUCCCGUUUGUUUAUAUUGUAAAUAUUUUUUAUUUCAUCAAAUUAUUUAUUCAUUAAAAAGAAAUCUUUUGUGAA